CUCGAUUUGGGGAUGGGGAAGAGAAGCAUGGGAAUCGCCAGCUUCCCAUGGAAGCGAGGGCCUGUAGCUCCGGGCAAUGCCCACCAGGGCGCCGGCCGGAUGCUGCGCAGCCGGAAAGUCAAGGCCGCUCGCCGCCUCUAAUAACCCUUGGCACCCGGCGGUGGCGUAAGUUGCGCCAAUUCUCGAACAGCUCCGCGCCGGGCGCGGCGCGGGCCUGCGUAGCCAGGACUGGACCCUGAGCAAUUUGCGUAGCGAACGGCGGCCGCGCAGGCGCAGGAGGGGGCGGAGCAGCGGGAGCCGGGGAGCCGGAGCCCCGGGUCCCAGCGACCGGAGCCGGCUCCCCGAGCCGCGGCCUGAGGACCGGGCGUCGGCCUCCUCCCGCUCCCCCGCAGUUGGAGAGUGGACGCAGUGGGGGGUGGGGUGGGCCAGCGUCCGGAAUCCAAGGACGGAAGGCAGAGGCCCUCCCCAUCCGGAUUGUUGGAGGGGAGAGAGCCCUCCAGUUUGGGGAGGGGGAGAGCCAGACGUUGAGCGUCCCCAGCAGCGGCCGCUGCUCUGAACAGACUGGCGUUGGCCGGCUCUCCCCCUCCUGCCGGGACGACUUCAGCGACCGGGGCCAGGGACCCCCCACUCCUUCGGCUUCUUCACCCCCAUCCCUCCAUCCCCGGCUUUGAGCCUGGCCCGGACAGGAGUACUCCCCACUUCCCCACCCGCCUGUGCCCUGGAGAGGAAGAGCUGUUUUUCCACACCCCGUAGUGAGGGACCCAGGUUGCCUGUGCCCCGCAAAGGCAAGGGGCCCUCUGUCGAGGGCGGGAGGGCCCGGCCAACCACCACUUCUUUACGCCUGAGCACCCUACAACUCCCACCCCUCCGUAUUUAUUUCCUUGGCCCCCUGCCGGCCCCUCCAUCUCUGUCUUCAGGUUCAGGCCUCCCUCCCUGACAUGGAGAGUAACCUGUCUGGCUUGGUGCCUGCUGCUGGGCUGGUACCUGCGCUGCCGCCCGCCGUGACCCUGGGGCUGACUGCGGCCUACACCACCCUGUAUGCCCUGCUCUUCUUCUCCGUCUAUGCCCAGCUCUGGCUGGUGCUCCUGUAUGGGCACAAGCGUCUCAGCUAUCAGACGGUGUUCCUGGCGCUCUGUCUGCUCUGGGCUGCCCUGCGUACCACCCUCUUCUCCUUCUACUUUCGAGACACACCCCGAGCCAACCACCUGGGGCCCCUGCCCUUCUGGCUUCUCUACUGCUGUCCUGUCUGCCUGCAGUUCUUCACACUGACGCUCAUGAACCUCUACUUUGCUCAGGUGGUGUUCAAAGCCAAGGCAAAGCGUCGGCCAGAGAUGAGCCGAGGCUUGCUGGCUGUCCGAGGGGCCUUCGUGGGGGCCUCGCUGCUCUUUCUGCUGGUGAAUGUGCUGUGCGCGGUGCUGUCCCGCCGGCGCCGGGCACAGCCCUGGGCCCUCCUGCUGGUGCGUGUCCUGGUGAGCGACUCCCUGUUUGUUAUCUGCGCACUCUCUCUUGCCGCCUGCCUCUGCCUUGUGGCCCGGCGGGCCCCCUCCACCAGCAUCUACCUGGAGGCCAAGGGGACCAGUGUGUGCCAGGCAGCUGCAAUGGGUGGCGCCAUGGUCCUGCUCUAUGCCAGCCGGGCCUGCUACAACCUGGCGGCCCUGGCCUUGGCCCCUCGGAGCCGGCUGGAUGCCUUCGAUUACGACUGGUACAACGUCUCUGAUCAGGCGGACCUGGUGAACGACCUGGGGAACAAAGGCUACCUGGUGUUUGGCCUCAUCCUCUUUGUGUGGGAGCUGCUGCCCACCACCCUGCUGGUGGGCUUCUUCCGGGUGCAUCGGCCCCCACAGGACCUGAGCACCAGCCGCAUCCUCAACGGGCAGGUCUUUGGCUCCCGUUCCUACUUCUUCGACCGGGCACACUGCGAGGAUGAGGGCUGCUCUUGGGAACACAGCCGGGGCGAGAGCACCAGCAUGUCAGGGAGCCUAGGCUCCAGUAGCUGGUAUGGUACCAUCGGGCGGGAACCAGGCUGGUAUGGAGGCAGCCAGACUCGGACCACGCCCCUGCUCUUCUCCCAGGUUCUGGGACCAGGCGGCCACCACCACAGUCUCUACUCCACCCCACAGACGUGAUCCCCCUUCAUCUCCCCGCAGAACACCCAGACCCCAGCCCCUCCCACCCCAGACCCCUGUGCCAAGUUCAUCUGCUGCUUCUUGCCCAGGGUCCCGGGGGCUAUGGCUGCCUCUUCCCCAGGCCGGCCCCUUGCUACUCCUGAUGCAGUGAGCUU